AUGGAGAUGUUGAAGGUCAAAGGUAUAAGUUUGUCUAAUCUCUGUGGUGUGAGCACAGAUGGUGCAGCAGUUAUGAUUGGUCACAAGUCUGGUGUAGUUACAAGGUUAAAGAGAGAGGUACCCAGUGUUUUGGCCACACAUUGCAUUGCCCACAGGUUAGCGUUAAGUUGUUGUACUGGUACUGAUGCUAUCCCUUACAUGGUCAAAGUGCAAGAGGUCAUCAACAGUGUUUACAAGUAUUUUCACUACUCCCCUAAGAAUAUGGCCAUGCUUGAAGCUAUUCAGUCUCUAACUCCAGGUCAAAGUCAGAGGUUUAAGGAGGUAUUUCAUACCCGUUGGCUCAGUUUUGAAGGAUCAGUGUCUGCCAUGGUCACCAACUUCUCUAAUUUGAUUUCUGUCUUUCUUGAGGAGAAUUUAGGAAAAGCACUGAGCCGACACAAGUCACUUACCUGCUUCAAGUUUUUGUAUGUCGUGCAUUUUCUUUGUGAUGUGUUUAAACCCUUGGCAAUCCUGUCAAAGAUGUAUCAGAAGCAGGACCUUGAUUUCACAGAGGUUACUUCUUUGCUCAGGUCAACUAUUGAUUGUGUCAGUGACUUUCAGGUCAAGAAAAAUGGUCAGACGCUCACAGAAUUUCUUGAUCUGGUCCCUUCUGGUUGA